AUGACACGGAUAACUACCCUAUUUGUACUCUGUCUAUCUUUCAUUCUGCUCACUGGACCCGCGUCGGCGGCAAUCUUCGACGACCCCGGCCUCUCGUAUUGCAAAUGUGUAUGCUUUACGAAUUCUACCAUCAUCCCCUUGUAUCGGCCAGAAAAUCCAAAGAAACCAUGUCUCUCUUGUACUCGCCAAUUCUGUCUGGACCAGAAACUGGCGAUAUGUAAGGGCGCGGAGGUGCCAGAGCUCGAUACGGAUGUGGGCACAGGUACUGAAGGAGAUGUAGAAGCCAGGUGCUUUAAACGCGAUUCUCCAAGAGAUCAGCUCUUUGUCACAUUCUUUGUGCUGAUCGUCGUUGGUCUUCUUCUGUAUGCCGCCAUCAGGUCUAGAUUACGCAAAGCCAUAGCAGAACGAGGGCGACCUACAGAUCUUCGUCAAUGGGGCGAAGCGCUCAUACCGGAGCCUUUACAGCAAUACUCGACGGCAUUCCUUCCCGGAGCUCAAAAUAGGGGAGGCAGAGCUGGUGGAGGAAUGCGAAGCGCUGGGGUAUCAGCAGGAGGUUAUACGCCGGUAAGCGUGGGUAGUUGA